AUCAGAGACCUUUAACUGAGAAGGACAACGAAGCUCAGCAUGCUGAGCCUUCCUCUGCUGCUGCUGCUGCUGCUCUGGGGCGUGGGGUCCCACGGCUUCCCAGCAGUGACUUCAGAGACACAGGAGCAAGAUGUGGAGAUGGUCCAGAACUACUUGGAAAAGUAUUACUAUCUGAAGAGUGAUGGGAAGCCAGUUGUGAGGCAGAGGAACAACAGCUUAGUGGCUGAGAAGCUGAAGCAAAUGCAGGCGUUCUUUGGGCUGAAGGUGACUGGAAAGGUCGACACGGACACCCUGAAUCUGAUGAAGCAGCCCAGAUGUGGGGUGCCCGAUGUGGCUCAGUACGUCCUCACUGAUGGGAGCCAAUGGGACCACACACAUCUGACCUACAGGAUUGAAAAUUACACACCAGAUUUGCCGAGAGCAGAGGUAGACAGUGCCAUUGAGAAAGCCUUUCAGCUCUGGAGUAACGCCUCUCCCCUGACCUUCACCAAGGUCUAUGAGGGUCAAGCAGACAUAAUGAUUUCCUUUGUCUGGGGAGAUCACCGUGACAAUUCUCCCUUUGAUGGACCCAAUGGAAACCUCGCUCAUGCUUUUCCACCAGGCCCAAAUAUAGGAGGGGAUAUUCAUUUUGAUGAAGAUGAAACAUGGACCAACAAUUUCAGAAAUUACAACUUGUAUCGCGUGGCAGCUCAUGAAUUGGGUCAUUCUCUUGGACUUUCUCAUUCUACUGAUAUUGGGGCUCUGAUGUACCCUAACUACAUGUAUAGUGGCAAUGUCCAGCUAUCUCAGGACGACAUCAAUGGCAUUCAGGCCAUAUAUGGACCUUCCCCAAAUCCUGUCCAGCCAACAGGCCCCCAAACCCCACAAGUGUGUGAUAGAAAGCUAACUUUUGAUGCUAUCACUACAAUUCGGGGAGAAGUGAUGUUCCUUAAAGACAGGUUCUACAUGCGCAUAAAUCCCUUCUAUCCGGAAGUUGAGCUUAAUUUCAUUUCUGUUUUCUGGCCAAACCUGCCAAACGGACUUCAGGCUGCUUAUGAAGUCUCUGAGAGAGAUGAAGUCCGGUUUUUCAAAGGUGAUAAGUACUGGGUUGUUCAGGGUCAGGAUGUGCUAUACGGAUACCCCAAGGACAUCCACAGAUCCUUUGGCUUCCCUAGAACUGUGAAGAGCAUUGAUGCUGCUGUUUCUGACGAAAAUACUGGGAAAACAUAUUUCUUUGUUGCUAACAAGUACUGGAGGUAUGAUGAAUAUAAGCAAUCCAUGGAUGCAGGUUAUCCCCAGAUGAUAGCAACUGACUUUCCUGGUAUUGGCCAUAAAGUUGAUGCUGUUUUCCAGAAAGAUGGAUUUUUCUACUUCUUUCAUGGAAAAAGGCAAUACAAAUUUGAUCUUCAAACUAAGAGAAUUCUGAGUCUUGACAAAGCUAAUAGCUGGUUCAACUGCUGAAGGAAUUGACCAACAAUGUUACAACAGAAAAUAUAUUUCAAGAUCCCAUGGACAGUGUCUUCCUGAAGAACCAUUUGUUUAAAUGAAAUACAGAGCUAUUAUGUAUAAUAGUAUUUAUACCUCAUUCUGCACUUAUUUUUUAUGCUUGAGAAUGCAAAGUGUUGCAUACUGCUAUAAUUUAGUUCCACAGUUGAGAGCUAAGAAAGGUCAGGCUCAUGGCUUAUAGGUUCAAAUGGGCCAGUUUAGCAGAGAAAAAAAGCUUUUCCAAAGUAUAAGACUGUGACAUUGAUCAUGAAAUGCAGCUCUUCAAGAGAGGAGCCCAGAGAUAUAAGUCUUAACCAGAAAAAGACAGUUCAUGAGCAUAUGAGCAGCCACUAGACCAUCCUAAUAUACGAGGAACAAUUUUUGUUACAGAAAAUAAAGUAUUGUGAGUUUGGAAUAAAGCCAUCCAUGUCUCUACUGUUUUAUAAA